AUGAGGUGGCUCCUGGGCAGCAGCUUGAAACACUUUGGACAUGCUGACAGGGGGAACUAUGACUGGCUAAACAGUGAACCGGGUGGGCCGCUUCUGGAAACAGAGCUUCAGAGCAGACAGCAGACAAGCUCAACCAAAGACGACAUAGAGCCCUUUCUGUGUAUCAUCCUGCCUGCCACCAUGAUGCUCUUCCUGGCAUUCCUGCUGCUCUUCCUGUACCGCCGCUGCCAGCGCCCCGCUCCGCAGGGCCAGAUCUUCAGCAUCGACCUUCCCGAGGCCCUGCCCGAGCACGACGGGCCCCACUUCCUCUCGGCCCUGCCCUGGAGCAGCGAGCAGAGCUUCCACUACUCCACGCUGGUCCCCGACGCCACCUUCCUCUCGGUGUGCUUGCCUCCGUCCUACGAGGAGGCCACCAUGAAGACUUCCCUGGAGGAGGCUCGCGCUGAGCCCUCUCCAGACCCAGUGCCUCCCUACGAGGAGAGCAGCAGCACCAAGUGAACUUCCCACGGAAGCGCCUCAGCUGAAGCGUGCAGCACAAAGGUGGAACUGCUCUGGCCUUUAAGAUUGGUGAAAAAGUUCCAAAUGAGGCACAAAACCAAUGAAUUUAUGAAGGAAGAAACUUGAAGUAACAGGGACUGCGUCUCUUCACCUCAUCCCAGGAUUCCCUACCUUCCAUUUGUGGCACGUGUGCACACGGUGUGGCACCAAUCCAAUCCAGACUGGUAACGUGGGGAUUCCAGUUAACAAACAUGUCAUGCAAGGAUUAAACUUAAGGAAAGCUGGGAAGCUCUUCCUCUGUAAUCCCUCAGCUACAAUGAAAUGUCAAUAAUGCUAUAGAUUCAGCAAUCACAAAAAGGGCUUUUAGCACAUACAUAGUCCAGUUUGGGUUGUUGUUUUGGAUUUUUUAUUUUUAUUUUAUGCAUUUAUAUUUAAAUGAGUUUUUGCAAGCUGAGUCGCUCAG